AUCUGUCCUCCCCCACACGCUCUCGUCAGGUCGCUCGGUGCAGAUGAAUGUCAGAUGCUGUGUACGCAUGGCCUUGCUGCUUUCCAGGUCACACUCUUUCUUGGAAACUUAUCUUUCUAUUCCGGGAAGACGGGGGCGAAAAACAAACGUUGAAACCUUCUUGAAAUAUUGUCAAUCAAACCAUAACAGUUAUAAAAUCAACCAAAUCAACAUUUGCAACGGACGUAGCGGCUUCCGUUGAAUUAAAAAAUCAGUUAGGAAUAUGUGAUGAUUGGUUAUUACUCAUUACGUCAUUAUCGAAUGGUCUUCUGGGAUAUGUGGUGUUUGUAGUUGCAAGAUCUUUUGCUCGUGCUGUUUGCACUUCCAAACCACUAAGUAGUUUUAACUGGACGCAAUACACAGGCUUCUCCAGGUGUCACAAUAUCUGCUGCUAAUAAAGGUUUUGGUUACUGCUGACAAAAAGGAAGAUCCUGCUGACUGGCAAUGAAUCCCUAUCAAGUCCCAAACGAUUCUCAUGAUGAUGAGAGAACGCGGGACAAAGAAAGGAAGACGAAGAAACCCCGAGAGAGGGAUAAAGACAACAAAGAUAAAAACAGUUACGAGGACUCUGGUGGAACAAACAGAGAAACCUCAAGAGAGAUGACGACCAGACAGACGAAUGUUCAACCAAACGGCAGAUUCCCAGGAUUUUCAUUUCUCAUCUACCUAUUCCGACUACUAUCAGGAUCUGUCACAGCAACACGUUUUAUCAAAGAAUUUAUCGCGGCAAUCAACGGAAACCAGGAAAACAGAUUAGUAAGGUUUACUAAUUAUCCAUCAUUUGAUAGAGAAGGACCAAAUCAAAAUUUAAAUUUUUCAAUUUAUUUCGCACCAAUCUGCCCUCAAACUCGAAACGUUCCAGCUACCCUCUCCCUCGGCUACCCGUGUCUUCUGAAUCGCAUCGGUCUAGUGUUUCCCCAGGUGUUUCGAACCUCCGAUAACUGGAAGUUCACGUUUGCAAGGACUGCCAUGACAACCAACCUUACAUUUUGUCAGCUUUGGAUAUCUGCACCUGCAUCGACUUCCCAGACAAGCUCACCAGACAUUGUUGUUCCAGCUUUUGCAGAAAACGAGGACUCAAACAUGAUGGCGGCAAGGGGACGUAACUUUCCAAGAGUGGUGACAAGGGCUAGAGAAACUAUCGCCUUGCUGUAUCAACGGUUUAGAUUGAUUACAUUUGACUCAUUUUCUGAAGAAACAUUACAACAGCUAAUUAAUACUGUGCAACGCGUCUUGCAAUGCGACGGAAACUCUGCAAUAAAUAUCAUAGCAGGUGUUGUUCCGGCCUUGGCCUUAAGGGAAAAUCAACAAACAACGAUGUUUGGAGUGGUGUAUGCAAGAGGGAUAACUUAUGGCACUGUUCCACGCAUCCCUGCGGUCAGCUCCCCUUGUGGAGAAAGCAGUUUCCUUGACGAUAUGGCUGCCACUGAGAAUCCCAUAUUAGGGGAAGGAUCCCGGCAAAUGGCACACGACGGUCGUCAGUUCGAUGAUUACAUCGCUGAUGGUGAUCAUGACGGUCGUCAGUUCGAUGAUAACAUCGCUGAAGGGGAAGACGAAGUGUAUGUCGCUGACCAAAUAACACGAAAUGAAGAAGGCAACCCCAAUGCAGAUACAUUACUAAAAUAUCCAACCCAGUGCGAAGAUACAGUGACACCCACCUGUACAGACGAAUAUGGUAGGCCAGCGGGUCAAGCUGAGGCACCGAAAGGUGAUCUCAGUAACCAAGGAAACACCUGCAAGUUUCCAGUGAUGGAAACAGGAUGGGAAAUAAAUGUGGAAGACGUGCAAGAUAACGACCCCACUGAAAUAAAUCAAGAGAAGAUUCCUAUCCAAUGUGAAGAAGAUCUCCACUUGACCCGUUAUAAUGAUGUAAGCGGGUGUCUGUCACGUGACUACGGCGCACCCGACUCGUGUAGUCAUGGCGGAGCUCGCAGUCGGCCGGCGACGCAAGGGAGGCUACAGAUGCGUCAAACUGUACUGUACGCUCAAUGCGAGGAAGAUUUGUUUCAUGAAUACACGUGGAAGCUGGAAGAAGGGGACCGUCUGAGGCGGAGCCUGCUGUGCCCCGAGUGCCACACUUCACCGUGGAGCGUGGUCCUGAUCCCGUGUGGGCAUCUGCUGUGCUCUUACUGCUACCAUGGCCAGGGAAUAUGCCCCAGAUGUUUGAAGAAAGUGAUAACAUCCAGCCACGUGCUUCUCUCGUGAUGGG